UUCCAAGCUCAACUCUCAAUGCCCCAUUUAUGUAGCUCAUUCAUUCACUCAUUCGAAGUCCGCAAAAAUUUUAUUCCAGUAUAUUAUAAAUUCCCUCUUCAGGAAACUAUUAAUUGUCAAUCCUCAAUUUCCCCUUCACCGUAUUGCACUCAAAAACUCUAGUUUGAGUCUUGGGUUUCUCUCGUUCUCCUCUCUCUCACCCCUUUAUAUUCUCGCUGCCUUUUCUACUAUGGACAAACGUCGCCGGAAGCAGGCAAAGACCAGUAGCUGCUGCUCUGAAGAGGUGAGCAGCAUUGAGUGGGAAUUCAUAAACAUGUCUGAACAAGAAGAAGAUCUCAUUUAUAGAAUGUAUAAACUCGUUGGGGACAGAUGGGCCUUAAUUGCAGGUAGGAUUCCGGGCCGGAAAGCUGAAGAAAUAGAGAGGUUUUGGAUCAUGAGACAUGGAGAAGUAUUCGCCAACAGGCGAAGAGAGCUCAAGAGAUAGAAUUCCUAGGGGCCUUAAACUCUUUAAAUUCCAUAGCAUCAUUUUGUUACGGAAGAAGUUAAUCUUUCUCGUGUUUCUCCUGUCUCUUUCUCUUCCUUCUCUGUAAGACUUGCAUGCCCUUUGUAUGUGGCACAAGGUUUUGAUCAAGAUGGGAAAGGAAAUGGAAAUGGAAGUAGUUUGUAGUUUUAUUCUGGGUA